AUGACGGCUGGGAGUCCCGGAGACUGCGUGGAGGUUCGGAGGAGCCCCGAGGGCCGGGUCUCUCGCCUGGGCCGCCGCCUGGGCCGCCGCCGGCGCCCGCGCUCCCCUCCCGAGCCUCUGCGGGUGCGGGCGCGGCUGCGGCUGCGCUCGCCGUCGGGGGCGUUCGCGGCGCUGGGGGCGCUCGUGGUAUUGGUGGGCAUGGGCAUCGCAGUGGCUGGCUACUGGCCGCACCGCGCGGGGGCCUCAGGGCCCCGGGCUGCCAAUGCCAGCGCGCCCCCAGUGAGCGAGCUGCGGCGCGAGGGUCGCGGUGCCGGCCGGGCUCACGGCCCGCACGAGAGGAUGCGGCUCCUUGGGCCCGUGGUCAUGGGCGUCGGCCUGUUCGUGUUCAUCUGCGCCAACACGCUGCUCUAUGAGAACCGAGACUUGGAGACGAGAAGGCUUCGCCAGGGGGUGCUGCGGGCUCAGGCGCUCCGGCCCCCCGACGGCCCCAGCUGGGACUGCGCUCUCCUCCCCAGCCCCGGCCCCAGGACUCCCCGAGCCAUAGGCUGUGUGGAACCAGAAGGUUGGGACUUGUCUCUGCACCGGGGUACUUCACCCGUCCCGUCAGUGCGGAGUCUGCGUUCAGAACCUGCUAAUCCUCGUUUAGGGUUACCUGCCCUGCUCAACAGUUACCCGCUGAAGGGCCCGGGGCUGCCCCCACCUUGGGGUCCACGGACUCAGACUGGCCACGUGAUUAUCACUGUGCAGCCCUCUGGUUCCUGCAUUGAACACUCCAAGUCUCUGGAUCUGGGCCUUGGAGAGCUCCUGCUUGGGGCACCAGCACCUCGGGACUGUGCUCACCGAAGCUGGCCACGGCUGGACCGCCUCAGUCUGGAGGGUUAUGCCAAGUUGGGGGGAGGAGGGGACUUGGGGGCUCAGGUUUGA